AUGUUGCGUUUGCAACUUGUUCUUAGAGAGAUUAAGCGUUCUCAAGGUGACCAAAUCAGAGUCCGCCUACCAAUAACCAUCCACCAUCUGAAGCUUUUCCGACUACUACUUGCAAUUUCCAAUACCAACAAUUUUGAUUCUCAGAUGAUAUGGGCGGCUAUGACAUUAGCCUUCUUCGGUUUUCUUCGUCUUGGCGAGUUAACAUGCAACUCCAAAUUCAAUAAAGAUGUACAUCUUACCCAUGAUAGCAUCUUUUUUCCACCUCGAAUUGGUACAAAAGGCCCACAAUUCAUGACUGUUCGCAUCAAAGAGUCUAAGACAGACCCAUUUCGCUUGGGUCACACAAUAACCGUUGGCGCAACCAACUCUGAAACUUGCCCUGUACAGGCCUUAAAAAAUUACAUCUCUCUACGUCCCCCCACAAUUGGUCCACUGUUUAUCCAUGCCUCAGGAAAACCUCUAACCAAGCAAGUUUUAACCACUGAAACUCGUAAGCUUCUCGCUCUGUCUGGUUUUAAUGCUUCAAAUUAUGCUGGUCAUAGCUAUAGAAUAGGGGCUGCAACAACUGCAGCAGAAGCAAAGUUACCUUCGUGGCUUAUUAAAACAUUGGGAAGAUGGUCUUCGGACUGUUACGAACGUUACAUUAAAACACCUGUAUCUACCUUAUCAGGAGUAUCAGCCAUGCUGGCCAACACAUCCAAAUUUUAA